AUGGCUGAAGCAAGAAACGUCAAUGAGGAUGAUGACCCGACCCGUCAAGAAGCCUUUAACAAUAGGGUCAUGGAGGUGGCGGAAGGGGUUAUGCAAGCUAACCUCCCACGGUUAGCUCAAGAGGUAGAAAGUAGAGUUUUGGGAAUCGUAGACGCUAUGAUGACAAGUAAGAUUGAAGAGUUAAAAGAGUUAAUGGAAGGGUCUAAGGAUAAAGGUAAAGAUCGACGAUGUACAUAUAAAGACUUCAUGGCGUGUAAGCCUACCACUUACGAUGGCAAAAUCGAUCCGGUAAUGUGCCAAAGAUGGAUCUUAAGUAUGGAGGUGGUGUUCAAACGAAGUCGGUGUGAUGAGGAGGAUCGAGUGAUGUUCGCUACGGGACAACUCACUUUUCAAGCGAAAGACUGGUGGGAUGCUUAUAGUAAGGAGAUAGGCGAGGACAAACUUCAGACAAUGACUUGGCAAGAAUUUAAAGAACCUUUCAUGAAGUACCAUUGCCCUCAGUCAGCCAUCGACAAGAUUCAAGAAGAUUUCUUACGACUCCGGCAGAAAAAUGAAACGAUAAAUGAGAUAUCUAGUAUUUUCUUGGAUAAGAUGAAGUUUUGUACGGAGUUUGUGCAAACCGAAAGAAUGAAGAUCAAUCGCUUUUACGGGAUACUGAAGGCAGAAUUUAGGGAAUUCAUCACUCCCUCGAAAUGUGAAACCCUUGAUGAGCUCAUUAAUCUAGCACGGGAUAGAGAAAUUGAAAUAAGAAGGCAAGAAGAACGUGGUGAGAAAAGACCAAGUGAGAAAGGUACGAGCUCGAGUCCAUCAAAAAGGGGGAGGUUUCAAGAUCAAGGGAGGAAGGAAAAAUCGAAAGGUGGAAUCACCCCUUGCAAGACUUGUGGAAAGCUCCAUACUGGGGAGUGUCUGUUGGGCAAAAAGGGGUGUUAUAAAUGCGGUAAGGAGGGACACUCGUCCUAUCAGUGCCCGAGUAGCCCAAAGACUUGCUUCAAUUGCUUCGAAAAAGGGCACAUCAAAUCUGAAUGCCCGAAACUCCAGCAAGAGUCGAAGAAGGAAGAUAAGAAACAAGAAGGUCCUAGGGCCAAGGGUAGAAUGUUCCAAAUUACCUCCGAAGAAGCCAAGUCUCAUCCGAAUGUGAUUUCAGGUAUCUUUUUACUAAACUCCAUACCGGUUUAUGUUCUGUUCGAUACCGGAGCUACUAUGUCAUUUAUUUCGAACGAAAUUAUACAACAUCCGUCCUUUAGGAUCGAACGAAUGCCAAUGCCACUAGAAGUAGAAAUAGCCGAUAGUAAGAUCUAUAUGUUACACGAGGUUUGUAGAAAUUGUAAAUUCACUAUAGAAGAUGAAGAAUUUGAAUCGACCUUAUACCUAUGGUGUUGGGGGAAUUUAAAAUGA